AUGAGCUUAGAAAUCGAAGAUCAAGAACAACUCAUUGAAAGAACUAUUACCAACCCUUCCAACAAUAACUCAAAAUUACGUGAAAAUAUUCAAUCAUUUGUUGCCGGAGGUGUAGGUGGUGUUUUUUCAGUAUUGGUCGGUCACCCAUUUGAUUUAAUUAAAGUCAGAUGUCAAUCCAACCAAGCAAGUGGCUUAUUAGAUGCAAUAAGGCAGAUACAAAACACUGCUUCUACUGCUAUCAAUAACAGUGCUAGUGGUCCAAAACGUUUGAUUAACAUUGCUGGUUUUUAUAAAGGGGUUGGCCCCCCAUUAGUCGGUGUUACUCCCAUUUUUGCUGUUUCGUUUUGGGGAUAUAACUUGGGGAAGGAUGUAGUUGAAUAUUUUGAUAAUACUAAGAGUUAUACUACCAAUUACACCUUAUCAACCACACAAAUGGCUAUCGCGGGGUUUUUAUCCGCUAUUCCAACGACUGCAAUUACCACUCCAAUUGAAAGAGUUAAAGUAGUUAUGCAAACUACUCAUAAUAACCUAUCGAUGUUUGAAACAGCUAGGGAAAUGAAUAUUAGGUCUCUAUUUAAAGGCUGUAUUGCUACAUUUGCAAGAGAUGGACCUGGCAGUGCUUUAUAUUUUGCAUCUUACGAAUAUACUAAAAAUAGAUUAUCCAAAAAUGAUGAUAAAGAUGCAAUGAAUAUAUCAAAUAUUAUGAUUGCUGGUGGAGUUGCAGGUAUUGCCAUGUGGCUAGGUGUUUUCCCUAUAGACACAAUUAAAACAAAAUUGCAAGCAAGCGCCACUACUAAAAACACUCCUGGAACUCAAACCAACAGUAACAUCAUCAGUGUAGCUAAGCAAAUUUAUACAAAGAAUGGUGGCAUUCGCGGAUUCUAUCCUGGAUUGGGACCUGCUUUGCUUAGAGCUGUUCCUGCUAACGCAGCCACUUUUCUAGGUGUAGAGUUGGCACAUUAUUUAUUUAAAGAGUUUGAUUUAUAA